AUGGCUUCUAACACCAUCACCACCCUCAACUACUUCCUCCCUCCGUCUGACGGCUCUCGGCCUUACACUGACAUCUACGCUCCCUCGGGAAAGCCCGUCCACAACUGGAUUGAGGACCCGCAUGAAGUGCAAAUCGAGGACGUGCGCGGGAAGGAGGAACUUUACAAGCUUGACAAUGCCGGAUUUCAGUAUGGGAGAGAGGCACCGAAGCAUACCAGCUUCUUGAAUGAUGAUGAGAUUGAGCGCGAAUACUACCCUGAGAGCAUCGACCUCAUGAAGAGGGUUACAGGAGCGACCAAGGUUGUCAUCUUCGAUCACACCGUUCGUCGCCGUCGCCCAGGCGAGACAGAUAGUGGUCCAGAGAAACGUCAGCCAGUCCCCCGGGCUCAUGUGGACCAAACCCCUGCGGCGUCCAUUGCUCGUGUUCAUAGGCAUCUCCCGCCAACAGAAGUUCCUUCGCUCCUCAGCAAACGCUUCCAAAUCAUAAACUUGUGGCGCCCUAUUUCGCAUGCAGCUGUAGAUUGGCCGCUUGCAUUAUGUGACUUCCAGAGUGUCGAUUUCAAGGAAGAUUUGUUGCCUGUUGCUCUUAUAUACCCUGAUCGCGAGGGUGAGACAUUUGGAGUCAAAUACAACCCAAACCACCAGUGGAAGUACUUGAAGGCGAUGACCCCAGAAGAGUUUGUUCUUAUCAAAUGCUCUGAGUCGGUCGAAGAUGGGAGCGUCGCGAGGCUCGGGCCUCAUACUGCCUUCAAAGACGUGAACACUCCAGAGGGAGCGCCGCCUCGGGAAUCCAUCGAGCUGAGGGCUCUGGUAUUCUAUGAUUAG